AAAUGUUUUAGUUUUAACAUUCGUCGUGAGGUACAACAAAUGCUCUCACCAUCUCCAUCACAUUACCAUACCUCGCUUUCACUGCUUUUCUUCUUCGCUCCUCAAAGAUUUCAGGUUUUGCAGAGAAUAUCAUCUCUCUCUCUCUCUCUCUCUCUCUCUCUCUCUCUCUCUCUCUUUCUAUACAUACGUACGUACAGUUCAUCUUGAUUGAUCCAUCAAUUUGAAGUUUCCGAGGUUCGUCGUUGAAUCCGAUUCAUGUGAUCUGAGUUUCAUGCACGUAUCCCGAGGAGAGCUUUCUCCAAAACGCGUCGUUUUGUCUCUGUCCUGCCUGGUGUUCCUUUGGUUUCAACUUUAGUUCUAUGGGGAAAAUGGUUAGUUAAAUCCUGGUCGCUCUGGAGUCUGGACGCCGGAACUGCGGUGGUUUUGAUUAUCCGGAGACUCGGGAACUCGUCACCGACAAGUACCUACUACCUUAUUGUCAGCAGUGAUGGGAGGUCUUUUAUCUAAGACCUAUUCAGAUGCAUGCAAUGUUCUCUGAAUGGGAAGGGGAGUGGAAAAGGGAUCUGAUACAAGAAGAGGUAGCCGUUUGAUGCUGAGUGAUUUCCAUUUGACUUCUCCAACUUUUGCAUCAGCAUCAUGAACAUGCCACUUUUGAAUAUUCAACCACGGACGUUAAAGUUUGUAGUUGAAUUGAAGAAGCAAAGUUCUUGUGUGGUUCAGCUUACUAAUGCAAUCCAUCACUACGUUGCUUUCAAGAUCAAAACCACAUCCCCAAAGAAGUAUUGUGUCCGACCAAAUGUUGGCAUUGUUGCACCAAAUUCAUCCUAUGAAUUCACUGUCAUUAUGCAAGCAUUUAAAGAAGCCCCUCUAGAUAUGGUUUGCAAAGAUAAGUUCUUAAUCCAGAGCACCAUUGUGCCUGCUGGGACAACUGAUGAAGACAUCACAGCUAGCAUGUUUGCCAAAGAGGAAGGCAAGCACGUAGAGGAGAACAAACUCAGAGUCACUCUUGUUUCAGCCUCAGAUUCAUUUGAAUUAUCUCCGAAUAAUGGAACAUUGAAGCAGGACCUUGUUUUUGAAGAUUCAAUCUUCAAGGAUCGAGUAUUUAGCCAACCCGAAACCCUUGAUCCGCCACAAAUUGAGGGUGAGAUCGAUAAGGAGCCUAGGAUGGUUAGACAUGAAGAGACCAAACCAACCAAGAUUAUUGCUGACGAUGUCAAGGAGUUGAAGCCGCCAAAGAAGAGCUCUGUCAGUUUUACUGACGAAUUGGACCCAGCUAGGAGCAGCUAUGACACAUCAAAAUUAUUAAAGGAAUCUGAUUUUGACCAGUUACGGUCUCAUGAGGAUGCAGAUUUCACAAGGGAUAUUAAGCCAAGAAUUAACAUUGAGUUUCCGAGGAAGCCUGCGGUGGAUUCACCUGAGGAUUUGAGGCAUGCCAGUGAAAUAAAUUCAGCUACUGAGCCAUUUGAAUCGAAGAUGACAAAGGACAGAGACAGAGAAUUCACUCGACAGAAUAUCAAAUCCACUGAUGAGCUGAAGCUGGUCAAAGACAUCGAGGAGAUGAAGCUGAAGGCCAAUGCCCUUGAAUCCAAGCUAAAACAGGCUGAUGCAACCAUCACAAAGCUCAUCGAAGAGGGGACUCUGAGCUCUCAAAACAGACAAAGCUUGCAACACGAAUUGGCGGAGCUAAGAAGGAAGAAGGUAAUCAAACAAGCGAACGUGGGGUUCCCCCUCUUAUUCGUUUGCGUGGUGGCGUUCAUCAGCAUUGUUAUCGGAUACCGUCUCCACCCGUGACGCCCUUCUUCUUGGACUCCCAUGGGAUAUAUAUAUGGCCUCAUAAAUCCGGUAAAGUAAACAUUUUUUUUCCAUCUUAUAAAAAACGGUAUGAGGUUCUGAAUAUAAGAACAAUGAAGAGAAAAAAAUGUUUAUAUUUCCGUAAGGAGUUGGAAAAAAAAAAAGGUCCCUCUUAUAUAGAGUAGUGUCGUGAUUCCGGGUCUCUUUGGA